AUGGCGAACCGUGUCUCGUCGUCUUCAUACAACAGAAAUAAUCAUCGUCAAAAUAUUUCAUCGUCAAAUAAUCGUUCAAGUCGUUCGACACUUACAACACAUACUUAUGCAUCUACAAAUACCUUUAAUACAGAACCAACAUAUACUACAACACCAAUAGCAGGUGAUCCUCGAACUCUUCAUUCAUACUAUGUAUCAUCAUCGAAUUAUCGUCCACCACCGACGAGUCCAACAAAUUCAUUAACUCGUCAUUAUCGUGAAUAUGAACCAUCAUAUCCAUCUAUAACACGUUAUCGUACACCAUCAUCUUCAUCACCUUUUCGUAAAACACAUUAUUUAGAUGAUUCUGAUGAAGAAAUAAUUAAUGAAGAAAUACUUGAAAUAACUGAUCUUAAUCAUUAUCCAACUCUAAUUGAACGUUGGGGUGAUGAUGCUAAAACAGUAGUUAGACAAGAAGGUGAAUUCAAAUUUGAAGAUUUUGUUGAAUUUGAAGAAGUUGAACCAACUGUUGUUGAAGAAAUUCUUUAUGAACUUGUAUAUUCUGGUGACAAAUUAAAAACAUGUCGACAAAUUGAUCGUUCACGUUCUGAAUCAAGAAAUUUUCGUAAAAUAAAAAAACGUCGUACCAAACGAAAACGUCCACCAAUUGAUGAUUCUUCUUAUUUGACAUCACAACCUAGUUCAAGAGAUACAAGUGGUACACGUUCACCAUAUUAUCAUGAUCAUCGAUAUAGUCCUGAACGUUCAAGUACACCAACACAAUCAACAACAUUAUCUUCAUCAUGGCAGUCAACAGGAUUUAUUCCCAAUAAUAAACCUUCACUUGAUAUAUCUAUACGUAAUUCUUUAGAUGACGGAAAUUAUGUUAAUUAUAUUCGAGUCAAUGAAACUGAUCCAUUUCUUUCACACACUCUAAUUCAACAAUAUCCACAAACACGAAUAACCAGUAAUAUUCAAUAUAAUACAUUUCCAACAGAUUUAAUUGAUAAACAAAAUAGAAGUUUCUAUGAUAAAAUGCAUGAUCUAUCAAGUCACAUUGAUAGAUCAACUGCACAUGAUGAUACUUUAAAUGAAAUUGGAGAAUUUGUACCUGUUAUUAAUGAAGAACGAGGAAUAACAAAGAUAGAUAUAACACCAGCAAGUCAUGAUUAUGUAAAUGAAAAUUUAUUACUUAAAACAAGAAGUGAUACAAAUAAAGAUACAUAUGAUAUUAGUUCUUCGGAUGAUUUGUUAACUUCUACUAGAACAACAGACAAUAGAGAACAAUCAAGGAUAAAUAUAAUCGAUCAAACAUCUGUCCAGAAAGAAACCGACAACCGUGAGCAAGAUUAUUCUACUGAUAUGAAAAAACAAAUCAAUAAAGAAACGACAUCAAAAUAUGAUGAAUUAGAAAAAGAUGAAGAGGAACAAUCAAGUGCAACAGAACCAACAAUACGAGAACUUGUUAAACAUGAUGAAGAUAUAGCAGGAAGAGAUACUGAUGAAGAUGCAUCAUUUUCUGAAAGUGAACAAAUAUCAUCACAAUUAUUUACGUCAGAUGAACAGAAACAAUCAUCAAAUUUAAUAAAAGCAACCGAAGAAUCUCAUCCAUCAAGUUUAUUAUCAACAAAUGAAAAACAAGAUGAUCACGAAAUCAUAACAACAACAGCAGAAUCAUCAAUCAAUAAAAGCAAUGAAUUAGAAUCACAAUUGCAAACGACAGAUUCAGUUGUAAAAUCAUUGGAAACAAAUAUUGAUCAAGAAAACAUUAAACCAAUACAAACAAUUGAAACCUCUUCUCAUAUCGAACAUGUUAAACAUCAAUUACCUGAAGAUUCACUUGAAACAACAAAAACUUUAUUGGAAAAAACUGAUGAAACAUCUAUUCCAACAAGUAUAUCGGAGGAGAAAAACAUAUCAUUACCGCAAGAUAAGACAAGAAGUGAAAAUGAUCGAGAACUUAGAUCCAUGUUAAAUUCAAUUACAGCUCAUCUUAUGCCAGAAUUACCAAGAUUCGAUGAAGAGACUGAAGAUGAACAAUCAUUUAUGUCUGAAACAAAAUCAUCCGAAGAACCAAUAUCACAAGAUGAUCAAAGUAUGGAUUCUAUUGUACAAAAAUCAAUUGAAGACGCCAAAGAACUAUGGGUACCAUCUCAUGAUCAUAUCCCAUCAGAUCAAAUUGAAUCAUCGAAUCAAACAAAAACUCAAAUUGAUCAAACAACACUCGAUCAACAUGAUAUUGAACAAGACAAUGAAGAGAAGUCCUCUCUUAAAAUUCAUGAAAUUGAUAGUGCAAUUUCAAAUAUUCCAGAAACAAAUCUAGAUCAACAAGAUUUAACAAUUGAACAAUUACCAUCAUCGACUGAUUCUCUAGUCCAUGUUGUUGAACAAAUAAUAACCAAUGUUAAAAAACCUCAACAUGAACAAGACAUUUUCUCUCAGGCUUCUUCUGUUGUAACUGAUGAAAUUUCUCCUACUCAAUUACAAUCAAAACAACUAUUCUCUCAGGAUACAGACGAUGUAACACAAACACGAUUAUUAAAUGUUAAUUAUCUUGCUGACAUUAUUUAUCAAAUACAUUCUCAACCUCUUCGCUCUUCUUUGGAUAAACAACAAAUAUAUACAGAUACUCAACAAUCAAUCGAAUCGACCAGACAAGAAGACAGAUUAUCUUCAAUUGAUUCAAUAAUUGAAAGUACUCCAUCUGUCAUCACGUCUGACAAACAACAAAAACAACAACAAUUGAUCUCGAGUAUGUCGUCUAUUACUUCUGAAGCCAUGGAAAAACCAACAUCAAAAGAUGAUCAAUCAUCAACUGAAUUUCAAUCAAGAAAAGAAAUUGGUGAACCAGUUUCAGUAGAUUCUUUAGUCAAUAUUGUUCGUCAGAUGCAUACUUUAGCGCGAAUUCUUCGUCUUAUAUCAGCUGAUAUUAAAACAGAAACUACUCAUAUUAAUAAACAAGAAAUUGCGAAGCCAUUAGCUGAUUCUCAUGUAGAAAUAGUAAUACCAAAUGAAAGCAUUCCUCGUGAACGAAUGACAAUAAAAGUAGAACAAACACAUGAUACUCAGGAGUUGAUUCCAAAACCAAGCGAAAUAUCCUUGGUCACUGAACAUAAACAAGAAACAACUUCUGAAAAAACAAUCAAAGAAGAUGAGCCAGAGCAUCUACCAUCCGAAUCUUUGGUCGACGCAGAUUGGGAAACUCUUGUAGCACCAGUUACUUCUCCUACACCAUCACAUCUUAUAACUACUGAAGCUAUUGUAACGACAGAAAAACAUGAUGAAAAACCGAGAAUUGACUUAUCUGAUCGAAGUAUUCUAAGAGAACAUGUAGAAACACUACAGAAAAAUCUUCAUGAUGGUGACAGUACGCCAUCAACAUCGCUUCAUUUACAUGUCACAGAAACUACUAGUCCAAAAAUAGUAGAAGAUCGUGCUAGUGAAGACUCGAUUACAAAAAGUCUUACAACUACUACACAAGUUACAGAACAAACAGCAUCUGAAGAUCGUGAAUUACCAGUUGGAGAUAAAAGAAAAACCUAUGAAACUGAACGUCAUUCAUUUGAUGCACUAACAGAAAUUGCUCGUGCAAUAUUAGCUACACCACUUCCUGUUCAUCGACCAUUAGCUGAAAUUAAAACAGAUACAGUUAAAAGUGUUGAUUAUUCGAUCGAACCUGUUGUUGAUAUUGUUCCAUCUACAUUAGCAACGACAUUAGAAGAAAUGACACAGCAAAAAGCUAUCGAAGCAGAAAAAACUCAAGACAACAAGGAAAGUACUGAAACAGCAAGAUUUACAACCAUCGAUAAGUCUGAAGAACAACCAUCGACAGAAAACCUUACAACAAUUAUUUGUGAAAUGUCAGCGAAAACUAGUAUUAGUCCUAUCAGCGAUGAAGAAUCAUCAGAAUCUCCGAAGAAACAAAAACUAGACGUUGUCAAAACAAAAGAAGAAUCUGUCCAACAAGAUAAAAUAGAGAAAAUCGAACAGCCGCAAACUCAAGACAAUAUUCAACCUAAAGCUGAAAUAAUAACCACAGAUCGCCAACAAACAACUGAUGACGAAAUACACAUUCCUGAUGAUCUUACCAAAUCAAUUGAUAUUCACCAGCCAUUGAUUGAUCAUGUAAAACAAACCACUUAUUUUCUCGAUCAAAAACCUGACAACCAGCCGAUUGAUUCCCUAACCAAAGAUGAAGUGUCACCAAAACCAGAGAUACAAGAACAAGUCAAAACACCAAAACAUUUGCAAUAUAUCGAUUUACACGAAACAACGACUUCAUCAUCUACUACUGAACCCAGAGACGAGAAACUUGCCGGAACAACCGUUGAAGAACUAAAGCCUAGAAGUCUUUCAACUGAAGAAUUGACAAUAACCGUUCCACAGCCUCAAGUCACACCAGUUAUUGAUCAUCAACGCACUGUCGAUCACAUCGUACAUCGAAUUACAGAAACUAAACAAAUAGUCGAAAAACCAUCCUCCACACCAGAUACUGAACUUACCAAACUAGUUGGACAAACAGAACCUUCAGAAACGGUUACAAUAGAAGAAGAAAUCACAAAACCGGUAGAUACACAUCAACAAAAACUACAACAACCAAGUGUAGCAUCAACUCUUAUUACAAUUCAACAAGAAUCGACAAUCGCACCUCAUCCUGAACCAACUGAAGAAAAGGCGAAAGCACGUGAAGCUGAACGUCUUUCAUCAGAAGCUUUAGCCGAAGCCAUUCGUGAGAUUCUUGCAACACCAGUUACCGUUCAUCUUCCAGAAGUUGAUCAUACUGUAGAACAAAUUACCCAAACUCACCAACAAGUGGAAAAACCAUUGCUCACAUCAGUCAACGAAAUUAUUAAACCAGUCAAAGAGGUGCAGCCUUCAGAAGUGAUUACACUAGAAGAAGAAACAACUAAACCUGUAGAUACCAAACAAGAAGCAUUACAACAACCUAGUACAACAUCAUCUGAUAUUGAAUCUGUACAUGAAACAACAACUGCAUCUCAUCUACUAUCAAGUGAAGACAAAGUCGAAGAACGUGAAGCUGAACGGCUUUCAACACAGAUAUUAACUGAAGUUGUUCGUGAAAUUCUUGCUGUACCACUUACCGUUCAUCUCCCAGAAGCCGAUCACACUUUAGAACAAGUCGAAAAACCAUCUCCCACAUCAGUCUCUGAACUUAUUAAACCAGUCAAAGAGGUGCAACCUUCAGAAGUGAUUACACGAGAAGAAGAAACAACUAAACCUGUAGAAACUAAACAAGACGAAUCACAACAACCCAGUACAAUACCAUAUGUUAUUGACACUGUACGGGAAACAACAUUCGAGUCUCGUCCACUACCAACUGAAGGCAAAAUCGAAGAACGUGAAGCUGAGCGGCUUUCAACACAAAUAUUAACUGAAGUUGUUCGUGAAAUUCUUGCAACACCACUUACCGUUGAUAUCCCAGAAGUCGAUCACACUGUGGAGCAAGUUACACAAAGAGAACAACAAGUCGAACAACCGUCUCUCGCAUCAGCCACUGAACUUAUUAAACCAGUCAAAGAGGUGCUGUCGUCACGAAUAAUUACAGGAGAAGAAGAGCGAACAAAGGCGGUAGAUACUAAACAAGAAGAAUUGCAACAACCUAGUACAACGUCAUCUGUUACUGACACUGUACAUGAAACAACAACAGAAUCUCAUGUACCAUCCACUGAACAAAAAGAGAAAGAACAUGCAGCUGAACGCCUUUCAUCAGAAGCAUUAACUGAAGCUGUUCGUGAAAUUCUUGCUACACCAGUUACUGUGCAUCUCCCAGAAGUCGAUCGCACUGUAGAACAAGUAACCAAAACUGAAGAACAAGUCGAAAAACCAUCUCCCACAUCAGUCAUUGAACUUAUUAAACCAGUCAAAAAGGUUCUACCUUCAGAAGUGAUUACACUAGAAGAAGAAACAACUAAACCUGUAGAAACUAAACAAGAAGCAUUACAACAACCUAGUACAACAUCAUCUGCUAGUGAAUCUGCAGAUGAAACAUCAACUGCAUCUCAUCUACUAUCAACUGAAGACAAAGUCGAAGAACAUGCAGCUGAACGUCUUUCAUCAGAAGCAUUAAUUGAGGCUCUUCGUGAAGUUCUUGCUACACCAGUUACUGUUCAUCUUCCAGAAGUUGAUCACAUUGUAGAACAAGUAAUCAAAACUGAAGAACAAGAAGAAAAACCAUCUCUCACAUCAGUCACUGAACUUAUUAAACCAGUCAAAGAGGUUCUACCUUCCGACGUGAUUACGAGAGAAGAAGAAACAACGAAAUCUGUGGAUAGUAAACAAGAAGAAUUACAACAACCUAUUACAAGAUCAUCUGCUUUUGAAACUGUACAGGAAACAACAACAGAAUCUCAUAUACCAUCAACUGAAGGCAAAAUCGAAGAACGUGAAGCUGAGCGGCUUUCAACACAAAUAUUAACUGAAGUUGUUCGUGAAAUUCUUGCUACACCAGUUACUGUUCAUCUUCCAACAGCCGAAUCUGUGUCUGAAAAAGCAACGGCGACAAAGGAGAAAGAAAUUGAACGGCGAUUUGAUGAGAUAGUUUCUGGAACAUCUGAACAAGCAACACCAGUAGUUCUACCAGUUGGAACAGUAACAGAAGAAAAACUUAUAAUGUCAGAUACAAAGCCGGAUGAAAUACAACUGUUACAUAAAACAGAACCUGUAGUAAAAAAUAUGGACGAAAGAAAAGCGGAAGUUCGUACAUCAUCUGCCGAAGAUACUACAUCAGAUUAUGGUGUUGAACAUGCAACAUCGGUACCCUUGAAUGAAGAUGUUCCUGAAGUUUCGGAUUCAUCCCUCAGCAUCCUUCCUUCUCCAGUCGAGUUGAAACCAGAGACUGGUAAAUCAAUCGAGCAACCGGUGAUAACUCCUGAAACUGUAGUUUUGGAAAAGAUUCGUACCAUUCCAGAAAAUGUGGUAUCCGAUAAAACGAUUACUAUAAUUCCUGAUGCUGGCAAAACAGCAGUUGAAAUACAACAUCCAUCGAAUGGCGCAGAAGAAAAAAUAGAAGAUGAAACUGAGUCAAUUGAUUCACUCAUUGGAAGCGCACAUGAAAUUUUAGGCACACCAUUUACUGUUAAUUUGCCGUCGGUUGGAACUGAUAUAACACGAUCACAAGAUGACAAGGUUUUUCAAGAACAAUUAGAUUCAAGUAUAGCGACAAACAAAACUGAAGAUAUAAAAAAACCUGUUGUAGGUGUUCAUCAUCCAUCUGUCCAAGAAGCUGAAAAUAUAUCGUUAGAUUCUUUAAUGAAAGUCACUCGUGAAAUUUUAACAACAUCAAGUAUCAAGGAUGAAAGGGAAAUGACGCUUCCCUCUGAAGAAGUAAAACAAUCAAUAGAUUCCCUAGUCAAAAUCGUUCAUGAAUUUGUUACGUCACCGAAGCGAUCAACCACUGAUAUAGAUACGGACAAAAAAGAAAUAUCAUAUGUCCAACCACAGCUUAAUGAAUCUGACAAAGGUGUUUCUCUUAUAAGCAAAUUAUCUUUAUCGGAUAAUGAUCAAGUUCCACUUCAAUCUACUGUUAGCGAUAUAAUUGAACCAUCAAGCAAUGACUCUUCGUUUCAGGAUAUCAUUAGUAGUGAAUCAGAAUUAUCAUUGCAUCCAACGAUUAUUGCAGAAUCUACUUCUACUUCGGAAGAUAAAUUAAUACCUUAUGAUGAAAAUCAAUUCAUUUCUUCAUCACUAUAUACUACAAUCAAUACUAUUGUUAAUGAUGCUAUCAGCAAUGCAUGUAAUAUAAUUGAACAAUCCAUUCCUGAUGAAAAUGACAAUCAGCCAUUUGUUUCACUUUCCUCCGAAGAUGAAUUUUCCGAUAAAAGUGAUACUGAUAUUAACUUUACAAAUGAUAUUGAAACUAAAUCAGUCGAUGAGUAUCAUUCAAUAUCUGGACUAACAAAUAUUGUUCAUAGUAUACUUAAACUUCCAAAUGAAAUUUCUUUGGAAUCCUCUAUUUCCCAUGAAGAUAAUAAAGUUAUUGUUUCUCCUAAACCUGAUUUUGAUGAACAUUUUAAUAUUACUGAACUUCCGAAUAUUGUUGAUACAAUACCAAAAACAUUAAAUAUUCAAACAAUGUCACCCGAACAAUUCGACAUCACAAACCCAACAACAUCUUUACAACGAGCCAGUGCCGUUCAACCAACUUUUCGAAUUGAUGAUGUCGAUCAAGAUACUUCAGCUACUAAUGUACCGACAUUUUUUGUCCCUGAAACUCCAAAUAGUUCAGAAGUUAAUUUUAGAGAAUUAUAUAAACAUCGACAUUUUAUAUCAGAUGUUGUCGAAGAAUCAUCAUCACAUUUCACUCCUAUAGAUAGACAAGAAUCCGUACAAUCAAUACCAAUGUCAGAAGAGAAAAAAGUAAUAUCUGAUUCACCUUUAGCAUAUUAUGAAUUACAAGAAAAACGUCAUACAUUAAUGUCUCCUCAAGAAUCAACUCAAAUUGAAAAACCAGAACAAAUAUCUUCUUCAUUAACAACAUGGACAACUAUGCAACCAUUAAUUGAUUAUGAAGAAAAAGAAAAGAAACAAGAUAUAACUGAUAUUAAUCUUGAUGAUCAUGCUUAUGAAUAUGCACGACGUUUUGAUUUAGAAUCACCUUCAAUUAUAUCAAAUUUACCUACAAGAGAAUAUCGUCAAGUAUUUGGUGUACCCGAUGAUAUUGUUAAUACAGUUGAUGAUAUGACGCAUCACAUUGAUCAACAACUAUCAAUGCAAUUAAAACAUGAUGAACAAUCAAUUGUUUCAGAUGAUGUAAAAAAUAUUUCUUUACAAUCCAAUGAACAAUUUCAAGCCGAUGAUGGUCAAUUUACAAUGCCUUUCAGUAAUGCACCUGUUUCAGAUAAUGUUAAAAGAAUUAUAGAAGCAAUUGAAGCACUUGAUUCUGAUUUACUUGAACAUAAAGGUGAUAUAACAUCAGAAACAAGUUCAAUAACAGAACCAGUUGAACAAUUAAUUAGUCAACAACAUAUCUUAUCAUCUAAUCUUCUUCCAACAACACUUGAUAAUGAUAUUAAAGAAACACUUGACAAUCAAACACUUGUAUUUCCAUCAAAAGAUGAAUUUGAUGAUGAUAAUGAUUUAUUACCAAAGAAAAUUGAAACAGAAGUAUUUGAUGAAACAAUUCAAGAUGAAAUUAUAACAAAUCCUGAAUUAGAUUCACGAUAUUCUAAAUUAUUUGAACACAUUGAUAAUUUAGAAAAACCAUUGAUCAAUUUACAAUCAUCUUCAUCAUCAGUUAUUGAAACAGAAACAAAAACAACAGAUAUUAGAGAAGAAAAAGAUGAUGAUCAACAUUUACAACAGCGAUAUGAUGCUCUUAUCGAUCAUGUUACAACACUUGAAGAUGCCACGAUUAAAAACCUUGCUCAUGACACUAAUAAACAAGUUGGUAUAUUAUCAACAGAUGAACAGGUCAUUACAUCAACAGAUGAAAAAUCAACUGAAGAUAGAAUAAAUAUUGAUGAGUUAGCUAAAAUAAUUGAACACAUAAUUGCUACACCUUUUCGUACAGUUAUUAGUUCGAAUGAAAGAAGAGUUCGUGAGGAACCAACAUCUGGUUCACAUCUUCAGAUGGCUCUCGAACAAAUACUUGCACAAACACAAUAUCCAACAACCUAUGUGAAAUUACCACCACCAAUUGACACAGUUUCAUCUACUAAUGAAUUAAACGAUCAACAAGAAAAAAUGCAAAUACCAGAAUCUCAUUAUAAACUGACUACUUCAGCAUCUACCGAUCAAAAGCAUGUAUCAACUACGGAAGAAACACCAGAUAUUGACGAAAAGGACCAAACCACCAUUUUUGAAAAAGUAACAUCAGCCAUAACUGAUGCUUUCUCUAUUAUUACUGGUGCUUCCCAUAAGCCAACUACGACUCAAGAGACAAUCACAUCCAUCGAUUCAAGAGUCUACGAUGAAAAUGAACUUCCAUCGAAAACCCCAACAACUAUCACAGAAACAAAUACAACUUUUAAAUCAGCUCCUACAACUGAACAAGUAGUAAGUCCACUUGAAACAAAAGAACGAAUUGCCGUUCUGACAUCAUCCAUUGAGAAUGAAAAGAUAUCCAAGGACGAACAACGACGAAGCUCACCCACAGAUUCAUUAGAAAUCACGAGCAUUUUACGACCAACCACAAUUCCAUCAACACAAACGCCUAUAACUAGCUUAGGCGAAGAAGCUGCAAAUACUCAACACGACUAUAUAAAACCAAUUUCAAGUUCAGUUGCAGUACAGAUAUUACCAACAGAAGAUACUUCACGCCUGGUACCUGGUUACUUUACCAGCAGUGAUGUUUAUCAUGCAUACAAACAACCAACUGGAGCAGUGAUUGAACAAGAACCAGAUUCUUCCAAUGUCAUCGACAAAGCCACAGCUAUCGUCUCUACGCUUAUUUCCAGUAUCACUAGCGCUUCACCAACAUCGAAAUCUCCUGACGAACAGCUUUUAACUAGUGAAUCACCCAUCAUCGCUGAAUCAACUUCACCUGGAUCUGUCAAAGAAAAAGAAAUUACACUUCCAAGACCAUCUUCAGAUGAACAACAUGUCGAGCAUGAGCAAUCAUUAUCAACUAGUCUCUUAGAAAUGAUGACGAAUUUGUUACCAUCAUCGCUUCAAUCAAAACAAAUACAAGAGAUCAGUUCUGAAACACCACUGGCACCAACUAAAGAUGAAGAAAAAACUGUUUCAUCUGCUGUGAUGAGCACGCCAGAUACUAAACCACAUGUCGAGAUGCCAAAAGUACAAGAUAUUCCUAGUUCUGUAGCAGGUUAUUUCAGUAGUAGUGAUGUUUAUCAUGCAUAUAAACAACCGGUGGAACCAAUGAUUGAAGAAAAAGCACUGGAAUCGUCCAGUAUUGUGGAGAAAGCAACAUCAAUCGUCAGUGAUAUUAUUAUUAGUCUCACGAGUGCUUCACCAACAUUGUCAUCCCCAGACGCAACAACUCCAACUAGUGAAUCACCUAUCGUCGACAAAUCAGUUUCAUAUGCUCCUGUUACCAAAGAAGAAGUCACUAUUUCAAAACCAUCACUCGUUGAACAAGGUAUCGAGCAAGAACAAACAACGACAUCUAAUAUAUUAGACAAACUAAAAACUGUAUUACCAUCGAGUUUCACAUCAACAAAAAUAGAACAUAUUACUUCUGAUGAAUCAGUUCCUGCUAUGAAAGGAGAUCAAGCAGCUGUUCCAUCUUCUCUCAAAGAAACAAGCGUCACAACAGUUUCUAAAGAAGGCCUAACUGAACGUACUGAACCACAAGUCGACAUUCAAGGAGAAAAAGUAAUUUUAAGUCCAGUAGCUGGUUACUUCAGUAGUAGUGAUGUUUAUCAUGCAUAUAAACAACCAAUAGAACCCAUAAUUGAACACAAAACAGAUUCAUCUAGCGUUAUUGAUAAAGCUACAACUAUUGUCACCGAUAUUAUCUCCAGUCUCACCAGUGUUUUACCAACAACAGAAACAACUGAAGACUCAACUUCCACUAUUAAAUCGACGAUCGUGCAUGAUCAAGUUUCAACUCCAGUUGUAUCAGAAUUAGAAAUUAGUGUUGUAAAACCAUCUUUAGAUGAAGAGCACAUUGAACAUGAACAAACAACGGCAACCGGUGUAUUAGAUAAACUGAAGACUUUCUUACCAUCUGGUCUCAUAUCACCAAAAACAGAACAUAUCAUUUCUGAAAAGCCAGUUUCAGAUAUGAAAGAACACCAAGUACCUAUCACAUCGUCUUUUACAGACACAUCAGUGACAACUGUUUCUGGAGAACAUCUAACAAAACCUACCGAAUCGAUCGUUGAAACCCCUGAAGCCGUAGUGAUUUCAAGUCCAGUAGCUGGUUACUUCAGUAGUAGUGAUGUGUAUCAUGCAUACAAACAACCAAUAGAACCCAUAAUUGAACACAAAACAGAUUCAUCUAGUGUCAUUGACAAAGCUACAACCCUCGUCACGAACAUUGUCUCCAGUCUCACCGGUACUUCACCAACAUUGGAACCGACUGAAGCUACUUUAAGCAGCCAAGUACCAAUCGUUGAUGAAAAAAUUCCAUCUGCAUCUGUCACAGAAAAAGAAGCUCCAAUUCUAAAGCCAUCUUCAGAUGAACAACAUAUCAUGCGUGAGCAGAAAUCAUCAACUGGUCUGUUAGAAAUAAUGACGAGCUUGCUACCAUCACCGUUCCGAUCAACAAAAAUACAAGAAGUUUCUUCCGAAACACCAAGUAAAGCUAGUAAAGAUAAAGAAGACACUGUCGUAUCCUCUAUGACAGGUACAGCAGAGACUACAACAGCUAAAGAAUAUCUAACAGAAGUCGCUAAACCAAAAGUUGAGAUACCAAAAACUGAAGAAAUCCAAGAAGAAAAAUCAACUACGGGUUUGAUUGAAAUUGUGACGAGUGUUCACGCAACGAAUAUUCUACCUGCUACAUCCACUUCAGUUAAUAUUGAAGAAGAUAUUGAAACUGGUGAUGAUAAAGAACCUAUGUCACUAUCCAUAAGUGAGGCAAAGACUACAUCAGAAAUUUCUCAGAAGUCUGUGACGGAAAGUAGUCUACCAGUGGUGGAAAUUCAACAACAAAAAGAUGUUAGCAGUCACAGUCUAAGUGACACAACAGAGUCGGAUAUUUCUCCUGCAGAAAAACCAACUAUUGAACAAGUUAUUACAGAAAAAGAUUCGACAAGUGGCACUGACGAAGGUAUAUCCUCAAUAACAGGCACACACUCUGGAGUUUCGUAUAUUUUACCAACAUCGGUUUCUUUAAUCAAUACACAUCGACAAGGCUCACUAUCUGAAGAUGAUCAAACAGAAAUGUCUGAAUCAAGUUUACAAACACCAUCAACUGAUGAACCAAAACAUCAUGGUGUAUUUGAUCUUAUUGUACGACCUGCAGCAAGUUUGGAUGAAACAGCAUCAAGUCUACUGUCUCUCGAUGAAAAAUCGACCACUCUUGAAAUUUCAUUCAUUUUACCAGAAAACUCCAUUGAUAAUCAAUUGGAAAGUUUAAAUGUUAAUGAAGCAAAAGAAACUUUAAUUGAAACUGCUAAAGAAAUUCUUGCAGCUCCUUUACAAUCUGCGGUUGAUACGUAUGAAAAAAUAAUUUCAACACAAGAACAAUUAUCAUCACCAACCGUUAGCCCAACUAAAGUCGUUACUACUGAUUAUCCUUCGUUGGCAAAACAAGAUACAGUUACUGAUUCUGUAAUCGAACGUCUUUCGACUACCGACCAACGAUCAAUUGAUGAGUUGGAUAAACAUAAAUCUAUUCCAAGUAUUACAGAAGAAACAAAAAUACAAGAUCAAAUUGAAAAGAAACCAUCUCAACAACUUCAAGUUAUUGGUGAUGACUAUCCAUGGUAUUCAAGUCAUUAUAUUCUUGUUGAUGCAGAUGAAAAGAUGGGUCAAUUAUACGACAAUUUAUCUUAUACUCUAAAACAACUGGAACAACGACCUCUACCAACAACAAUCGAGUUUUCUCCUGAACCACAUGAAAAAGUUCCAAUACCAGAUUAUGAUCGUCAAGUAUUAGAUGAAACAAAAGAUACACGAGAAAAAGUACAUGAAUUAGCUGAAAUAAGUACAAUAAUUACAACAACCAUGACUGCAUCACAAGAUGAACAAAUCAAAGAUGAAAAUGAACUUCAAGUUGUACAUCAUCGUAAACAUGUAUCACCAACAACAGUUCACGAAAGAACACCAUCGCCUAAAAUGGUUACGACUAAAGCAAUUAUUAGUCCAGAUAUCGAUCUCGUACCAGCAGUUCUUCAGGGUCGUCCAGUUUCACCAAUCAGUACUUCAGAAAGUGUCUCACAAACUACUACUACUACUGCUUCAAGUAGUACUAGCAGCAAGAAAAAACCUAAAAAACAAAAGAAAGAUAGAAAAGAAAUAGUUUUAGUCGAUGCUUCUAUACCAACAAUAUCUGAUACCGACAAAGGUAAAACAGAUGUUGUACAAUCAGAAAUGGUAUCAAAACAUAUGGAAACAACUAAAUCUGAACUAUUACCAUCGAUUACUACAGAUGAUUCUCAUGAAAUUGAUCAACCGUCAAAAGAAAUUAAACAUGAACUCGGUGAACCAUCAGAAGCAAUAAAACAUGAAAUUGAACAAUUAAUUCAAACAAUUGAUGAAUUCAAACAAAAUUUAAUCGAUACAACAAAUGAAGAACAACACGGUGAACUUUUAUCAACAUCCAUCGUCUCUGAUAAUGUAGAACCAGAACAAAUAGAUGAUGAUAAUAAUGAUUCAACAUCUUCGGACGCUUCACAAUGGUUAUCAUCUUCAUUUACAACUUUUCCUGAAGAUAACAAACUUGAUACUCAACCUUCUAUUACUGAACACGCUAUUGUAACACAAACAUCGACGACGAUUUCUUCAGCUGAUCAUGAAUUGACAAAAUCAGAACCAUUACCAACUGCAUCACCAACUAAAAAGAAGAAGAGUAAACAACAAUCGAUCAAUCAAGAAAAAAUUCAAUCGUCUGAAAUUCAAACAUCACAAUUAACUAUUGAACAACCACAAGUCGAAUCUAAACCAACUCCAACAACAACAACACCGCCACCACUCGUAAAAACGAUAACAACGACUAUCACUGCUAAAAUUUCUAGUUCACCAGAAGAAGAAGAUAUAGAUGACAAUGAAGGUUUUCAAGUUGUACGUCAUCGUAAACAUGCACCAUCGACAACAGGACAGGAAAAAACUCUACCAUCAUCAACAACAAUUACGUCUAAACAACGAUCUAGUUCUGAUAUUGAUUCUAAACAUGCAAAUGCUCAACGACGUCAAGUUUCUUCGAUACCUGUUGCUACGUCUAAAAUUACUACAGGUCCACAAACUACCACAACUAAACCAAAACAUAGAACACAUAAAAAGGAAACAACAUUAUUUGAUGCACCAGCAUCUUCAACAUCCACUGAUACUGAUGCCAUUUCGUCAUCUAGUAUUGAUAACAGCAAACAUAAACAAAUUGAACAACAACAACAACCAAUAGAACAACAUAAAACUAUUAGUAGCAGUACAUCACAAUCAAAACCUUUAUCAUCAGUAGUAUUAACAUCUAACAUCAGUCCAUCAUUACCAAUAGAAGUAGAAAGUAAACAACAACCAAAAGAAGAAGAAAAAACUUUACAAACUCAAACUCCAUCAUCAACAAUAUCUACUGUUCAGGAAACAAAAGUAAAAUUAGAACCGACAAAAUCUUUACCAACAAUGACAACACUUCGUCUAAAACCAUCGACUUCACCCGACGAAGAAGAAGGAGAAGAUGAUGAAGAUAAUGAAGGUUUUCGAGUAGUUCACUAUCGAAAACGUAUAUCAUCAGCACCAAGAUUAGAUAAAACAUUACCACCAUUACCACCACAAACACAUAAACAAAAUCUUGGUCGUAGUUUUGAUCUUAAACCUGUUAUUAUUCAUGGACGUCAGGGAUCAGGAUCACGUUCUAUGCCACGUACAACUACUGGUAGUCAAAUAUCUUCUCAUAAACCCCAACAAACUAAAUCUAAACAAGAUCGACAACAAAUGCCACCAUUAAAUAUACCACGUUCGCCAACUUCUAAAGAAACACAUAUUAUGUCAUCCUUUAAUAUCGAACAGAAACCAAUAGAACAAGUAAAACAACCAGUUAGUGAUCAAGUUCGACGAACAAGUGAUACUACUACAAUUCAAUCAACGUUUAUUGAGCAAAAACUAUCGAAAGAAAUUGAACAAGUACAAUCAACAAUUAUUGAUGAAAAACCACAAUUAGCAUAUUUUGAACAACCAACUAUUGUUCCUGUUGUAGACUUGAAACCAGUAGAACAAAAUGAAACUGAAACAAAUCUUGAACCAGUACAUGCCACCGUUUCACCUGUCGUUGACCAAUCUAUUCAACAAAUUGUUCAUGAAUAUAUUGAACCAACUAAAGAUGAGAUUAAACAGAUCGUUCAACAACAACAACGGCCUUCAAUAAAAGAACAAAUUCCAACAGCAGUGACUACUACUACUAUCACUACAAUUGAAACUCAAAAAUCUACAAUUACUGAAGAUGAUGAUGAUGAUGGAUUUCGUGUAGUACGUUAUCGUAAACAUGCACAGCCUCCAACAAUCAUUUCCAAACAACACAGUUAUGGUUCUGAUACUGAGAAAAAAUCUGCUACUAUUUUGAAAAAACAAAUUUCAUCAUCAUCAUCAAUACCAACUACACCUACAUCCACUGUUUUACAUACGACGACACCGAAGAAAAAAACACCAAAAAAAACGAAAGAGACAACUGUUAAAACUGAUAUUACUUCACCUGUUGAUAUUCUUUCCUCAUCCACUACUGAUACUGAUCUUAUUUCAUCAUCGAAAGAAGAGUCUGCUAAACGAACAACAACUACUAAACAUGUACAAAAAGUUAUCGAAUCUCAAAUUACAACAAAAGAUGUUUCUUCUGUUCAUCCAGACAAAGAAAUAACAAUUCCUACAGAAGAUCAUAAAUCAAUUUCAUCAGUAAACCUUCCUGAAACUGUACAAAAAACAUCCGAUGAUACACAAAAUCAAAUACAAUCAAUUGAAUCAGCAACAUCACCAUCAGUAACAAGUGCUGAUACAAGUGAAGAAUUAUUAAAAAAACCUAAGAAAAAACAUAAACGAUCAAAACGAGAAUCUAUUGGAGUAGAUAUAUCGACACCAUCCGAUGAAAUAUCCAGUACAAUUGAUGAUCUUUCAACAAAAAAACUAAUGACAUCUUCUAGUCCAUCUCAAUCAUUUAGUCUUGAUAUUCCACUAACAUCAACUCCAAUUGAAGAUAAAUCCGAUAAAGUUUUAUUAAAAGAAGAAGUUCCUUCACAACAAACAGUUGAACCAAUAACACCAAUAGAUGAUGAACAGAUUAAGACAACAACAACUAAAAAACAUACAAAAAGACGGAAGAAAAAACCACAUACUCAUGAAAAACAAGAUCAAGAUGAAGAUUUAUUAAAUUCUUCAACAACAAGCACAACAGAUAAAGAUAGUAGUAGUGCAGCUGGAGUAAUAACAACACCAAUGAAAUCAACUUCUCGUGAAUCUAGUACUAAAAUUCGUUUAAUAACUGAUGAUGAUAAACAAGAAUCAGAAUGGAUAACACCACAUAAUAAAAAGAAAAAAUCAAAAUUAAUUGAAUCAACAAUAACAAAAACAGAAUCACAUGAACAAAAAGUAUCACUCUCUCCUCAAUCAACUUUACAUUCAACCACAACAACGACAACAACAAAAAUUCUGCCAGAGAAAGUAACUGAUGUACAAUUUAAAUUUAAGAAAGGUGGUGAAUUAACAGUAACAAGUCAAUUACCAUUAGAACGUUCACCAACUGAGUGGGGUACAGUCAAAUUUAUAUCCGAAGAAUCAUCAAAUCUGAUACAACAAGAUAAACAUGAUUCAUCGAUUGAACAAACUCCAUUAGAAGAAUUACCUAUUGAAAAAGAAUCUAAAAUUGAACAAACAAUCGAUUCAACUGGCCAAAUUGAUAAUGAAACUAAAGAUGAAACAACAACAAAAUCAAUGGAAAGUAGUGAAACUGGUGGUGAAGCUGAUUUAGAUGCAUAUCGUGAUCAAACAGGUCGUCUUCGUCCGAAAAAACCACGUAAACCUGCAAGUACAUCAAGUAAACCUGAUGAUAUACCUCCAACUCUUGAACCACAAACAUCGGAAGAAAUUAAACUUGAUCAUAAAACUAUAAGUGAACAUUGGGCUGCUGCUAUAGAAAGUCCGGUAUCGAAUAUAGAUGAAGAACAAAAAAUUCAAACAGAACAAAUUUAUGAAGAACAAUCAUUUGAAGAUGAUGAUACUAGUGAAAGAAAUAGUAAAUUAGAUUCAUUUUUACCUGAAUAUAUUCGUCAAACGAUAAAAACAAAAUCACUACGUUCAUCAUCAUUAAAUGAUGAUCGUUCAAAAUUAUCAUCAACUCAUGAUACAUCAACAUCUAUUACACAUACGCGUUCAACGAGUAUCGUUUUUCCAUCAUCAUCAAAUCGAUCAACAACAAGUACUGAUGAUACAUCAGAAAAUGAAAGUCGAAAACAUUUACGAGAAUCUGUUGAUGAAGAAUUUCACUCAACAGAAGAUUCAAGUUUUAUUUCAACAACAAAUCAAACAGAACAUGAUACAAUGGGAACAUCAUCUUCAUUACCUCCAACUGGUAGUACACGUAAGAAAAAACAACGACCAAAAAUGUUAAAAAAAGAUAUCGAAGCUAAAACCUUAUUAACACAUGAAUUUGAUGAUACACCAUUAACAAUAACUGAAAUUCAACCAUCAUCAUCAUCAUCAAUAAUAGAAACAACAAAUAAAAGUGAUGAAUCAUUUUUAUCAUCUAUACGUCAUCAAUUUUCUUCGGCUAUGUCAACAAUAACUGAUUCAUUUAGUUCUGCACUUUCUCUUCAUAAAUCAACAACAACAGAUGAUCAAACAAUUGUUCAAUCUGAUGAGCCAGUGCCAUCAACAGAAGAACAAUCAAUUAUUCCUAUUACAACAUCUACAGAAUCAACAAUAAUAACAACAAAGAAAAAACCUUCGACACGUUCACCACGUAAACGUUCAAAACGAGAUAGUGGUCCUGACUAUGAAUAUUUAACAAGUCCAACAUCUGAUGAUAUUGAACAAUCAUUUUCUGGUAUUAAAGUUGUUACAACAAUUCCAACAUCAAUUGAUAAUGAUCAAACAGAUUUUAUUAAAGUAGAAAAUCAUAAACAACAACCAAAACAACGAACAUUAUCGGGUAGACAUUCAUCAAACACUGAAGAAAAUAAUGAACAACAAGCUACAUUAGCUGAUGAUGAAGAAGAUGAAGAUUUUGCAACAAAACCUGUUGUAUUACAUGGAACUGGUAUUGAUACAAAUAUUCAAACACCAAUUGAAUCAAUUGUUGCAGAACAAGAUUCAUCUGCAACAACCACAACAACAAAAAAAAGACGUCAUAAACAAAAGAGUAAAACUGAAGAAGUUGAGUUUACUGCACAAGCACCAGAUGAAUUAAAACCUGAUAAACAAGAUACUGUAUCUGACCAGCAAACAACAUCAAUGACAAUAACAACAAACGAACAGUUACGAUCAGUUCAAGGUUUUCAUUCUUAUACACCAAAUAAAUAUCAAUAUAAUCAAUAUGAAGAAGGAUCAACUAGUUCCGCUGAACAAACACCACUAUCACCACUAUCACCACCACCACCGCAACCACCACCACCACCACCACCACCAACAACAACAACAACAGCAACCACAGACAAUAAUGAUAACAUUCUUGCACGUGGUUUUAAUCUUUGGUUACAACAAAGUAAAGAAAUAGAAUCGACAUCAUCAUCAGCAAAAAAAGAUGAAUCAUCAGCAAUAGGUAGUGGUUUAACACGUGCUAUGCAAAGUCUUAUUAUUCAACCAGUCGAAACUGAUAAUGAUGAAGAUGAAGAAGACUCAUGGAAUGGACCACGAGCUAAAAAACCAACAUAUACAUCAGGUGUUCAAAUUGAGAAACGUAUUCAUACAACAAGUGGAUAUAAUAUAAAUCAUCCACGUUCAAUAACUGUUUCACCAUGGCUAAUGCCACAAUCGAAUGAAAAUUCAUAUCAAGAUGAUCAAUCAAAAUAUGAUCCGGAUGAUGAAGAAGAUUCAAUGAAUGAUGUAUCAGAAAAACAACAAUUAUCUCAUCCAAUUAGUACACAAUUAUCAACCAAAGAAGAACGACAAAAGCAUUUAAAUAAUUUAGCUGAUUUAACAUUUCAAGCAACAUUAGGUAAUUUAUCAUCAUCUUCAUCAUCAUUAUCAUCAGCAGCAGCAGCUAAAUGGAAUGAAACAUCUAUACGUAGUGAUGAUAAUAGUCAACAACAAGCAAGUUUUACUGAUGAUGAUGUACAACGUUGUUUAGGAGAAGAUUUUUAUCGUGAAUCAUUAGCUGCAGAAACACUUAAAGCCGAACAACGAACUAUUACAAGUUUAGAUGGUCUUGUUUUAAAACCAUCUCUAUUAUCAGAAGAAACAGACAAUGAUGAUAAUGAUAAUGAUAAUGAUAAUGAUAAUGAAAAUGAUGAUGACGAUGAUGACAGUCAAAGAAAUAGAAAUAAUAAUAAUAAUAAUAAUAAUAAUAUUAGUCACUCAAUGAAUUUCGAUGAAUGGGCACAUUUUCUUGAAUAUGAAUAUGAUCAGCAAUUGUUUCCAUCAUCUGGACCAUCUUCAUCGACUAUUGAACAAAAUUUAUUAGCAUCAUAUGAAUGUUCAUAUGCACGGGAAUUAGAUGACGAUACUCUUAUAUCGGAUGCAGAUCGAUUACAUGUCAUAGAUGAUAUACAACAUACCAAUGACAAUGAAAGACAACGUUAUGGAGAUUUUACAUUAUUAGAUGAUGAUUCUACUAUACUUGAGUCAAUGAUUAAUUGUCCUUUAUUAUCAUCAAAUCCCAAUUCACAAUCAUCACAUAGACAUAAACCUUCCGAAACUUUUCAAAGAUGGAGAAAUCAAUCAAAUCGUGAACGAGAAGAAUCGAAUUUAAACUUAUCAAAUGUAACAAUUUUAACUGCAAAUCAAAAUGACGAUGAAAUAUUUAUAUAUCAUACAGACGGUGGUCUUAGUCGACGAGUGAGACCCACAACAUAA